AAUGGGUAAUGGGAUGGGAAAAUUGAAGCUCUGUUUCGCCGGAGAUGUUGGAGAAAUCUCGAAAAGACACCACGAUAUCGCCGUGAAUCUCGACGACGUCGGUUUAGGCCAUUCAUUUUGCUACAUCCGGCCAGACCCUUCUUUCUCCGAUGAAUUCUCCUCCUCCUCCUCCUCCUCCUCCUCCUCCUCCUCCUCUACUAACAGCAGCCAAACCACGGUGUUUCGCACCAUCUCCGGCGCUUCCAUAUCGGCUAACGCUUCCACACCUCUCUCUACUGCACUUUUCGACUUCUGCCCUUAUACUGACAUAUCGUCUUCAGCUUUUGAAAGCUCUCCUUUAUUCUCUUCUAUUCCUCUUCAGCCUAUCCCCGGAAGAUCAAUAGCCUCUGUUCGGUCGGGCCUGAUUCCCCGAGUUUCUUGCUCGGGCUCUGGUCCGACCGAGAGGGGAUUUCUCUCUGGCCCAAUUGAGCGGGGCUUCAUAUCCCUCCCUUUGGAGAAAUCCAAGUCUAACAAAUUGGAUUUAGUUAGAAGUUUGAGGAAAGUUUUGUCAAGCUCCUUUCUGGGGAUUGAAGAAAUGAGUUUUAUAGAGAAGAAGAAUAAAAUUAAUUGCCAAGUUAAUUUGGCUGAUGACGUUGACGGAAAUGUACAGUGGGCUCAGGGGAAAGCAGGGGAAGACAGAGUACAUAUAGUGGUUUCUGAAGAACAUGAUUGGGUUUUUGUUGGGAUUUAUGAUGGAUUUAAUGGACCUGAUGCUACUGAUUUUCUGUUAAACAAUCUCUAUUCAAAUGUCAUCAAAGAGCUCAAAGGAUUUCUCUGGAAUAACAAGUUAGAAAUCUCUGAGGAUUCGACGAAUAAUGACACUGUUCCAUUGGUACAUCAGAGUCAAGAAUUUGACGAGAAGUUGAACAAUUUAGGAACAAACGGAGUAGUAGGUAUUGACCAUUUUGAUAUCUUGAAGGCGUUAUCAGAGGCGUUGAGGAAAACUGAGGCGUCGUAUUUGGAGAUGGCUGAUAGAAUGGUGAAGGAGAAUCCUGAGCUGGCUUUAAUGGGAUCUUGUGUUUUAGUAAUGUUGUUGAAUGGUAAGGAUGUUUACUUCAUGAAUGUUGGAGAUAGCAGAGCAAUUUUAGCUCAAAAUCCUGAAUCCCAUCCUUCAAUUGGCAAAUUGGAAUGGGUAAACGAGGAGACUUUAAAUAGCACUGAUGCACUAUGUCGAGUUGAAUCUAACCUUACUUCUUGUCAACUCACCAUGGAUCAUACCACAUCUGUUAAAGAGGAAGUUCUCAGGAUUAGAAAUGAACAUCCUGAUGAUGCUUCUGUCAUUAAAAAUGAUAGAGUGAAGGGUUCCCUGAAGGUCACUCGAGCUUUCGGGGCAGGUUAUCUCAAAGAGCCCAAAUGGAACAAUGGACUACUAGAGAUGUUCAGAAUUGACUAUAUUGGAAAUUAUCCUUAUAUCAACUGUUUACCAUCAGUUUACCACCAUAAGCUUGGCCCUAGAGACAGAUUUUUGAUCUUAUCUUCUGAUGGGCUUUACCAAUACUUCACCAAUGAAGAAGCAGUCUCUGAAGUUGAAAACUUCAUGUCUAUAUUCCCUGAGGGAGAUCCAUCUCAACAUCUUGUUGAACAAGUGUUAUUCAGAGCUGCUAAGAAAGCUGGCAUGAAUUUCCAUGAGUUACUUGACAUACCACCUGGAGAUCGUCGACAGUACCAUGAUGAUGUCUCGAUUAUCAUUAUAUCUUUCGAAGGAAAAAUAUGGCGAUCAUCUGUCUAAAUUAGCAAUACUAAGAGAAUUUUUGAACUCUCACCCUCCGAAAAGAAAGGAAAUAUAUAGGAAAGAUCAAUACAUUUUGCUGUUAAUAUUUGCUUCCAUUAUGGCUGUAGUGUGUAUAGUACACAAGUUAGGCUUUUACAUAAGAUUGAGGCUAUGACUUCUGCUUACUGAUUGUAAAGGUACCGAUAAAUUU